GACCGGGGCGCGCACCGCAGCUGGCCUCUCCGCGCGCCCCCCCGCCCCGCCCUCCUCUCUGACAGCUGGGGGGCUUUGGAGGGGGAGGACGGGGGAGAAGGCGCCCCCCUCCCGCCCCGGCGGCUGCAAAGGAAGCUCUGGAGGAUGGCCGGAGGGAGCCUGGCUCAGGUCAAGGAGGUCCCGGCGGGCCACUUGCGUGCCACACAGCUGCCGGGGUGACGGGGACCAGGCUUUGUGGCAGAGCUACGCUUUCUAUGCAGAAGGCUCCCUCCCCGAUGGCAUCGCCAGGUGCCCGUGGCCUUUGAGGACGUGGUGGUCUAUUUCUCGCGUGAGGAGUGGGCACAGCUGGCAGAAUGGCAGAAGGAGCUAUACCAAGACGUAAUGGCAGAGAAUUACGAGCUGGUCUCCUCGCUGGAAUGCCUGCUCUCUAUCCCUGAACUGCUCUCCCGGCUGGCGCGGGGAGAGGCGCCCCACCCUGCUGCAGACCCCCCACCCUCUGCGGGAAACGCCGACUCCCCAGCUGACGUGAUUGAGACACAGCCCCAAAAGGCGCCGGACACCCCAGUGGCCUCCGAGGGACCCGGUCCAGACUCGGCAAAGACCCCCCGCCCUCGGGCUGCCAAGAAGGGCCCCAAGAGAGGGGCGUCGCAGGCCACGCAGGAGCCCUCGGGGGCCGGCCGGGCCCCUGCAGACCGGUCGAAGACCCCCAAGCGGGAGAAGCCUUUCAAGUGCCCCAAGUGCCAGCGCCGUUUCCUGGGCCGCCUGGCGCUGACCGCCCACCGGCGCCUGCACGUCCGCAAGUGGCCCCGGCCGGGCCCCCAGAGCGCGGGAAGGGCCCCCCAGGCGCCAGAGCUCGCCGUGCCCCAGGAAGGCCAGCCGGGUGCCAGCCCCAGCCCUUUCCCCUGCAGCCAGGGCGAGGGCACCCUGCCCUUCUGGCCGGAAAUGGCUCUGCACCAGCAGUCUCCUCUGACGCAUGGCUUCAACCCCUGGUCUCUGGGCUACGGCCCCCAGCCCUUGCCCGGCCACCAGGCGCCCGGCCUGCCCGGCAACGGGGAGUUCAUCUGCGACCAGUGCGGCUGGAGCUUCCAUGGCUGGGAGGAGCUGGUGACGCACCAGAUGGCGCACAUGGCGGCCGAGGGCAUUGCCGGCUCCGUGCCCAAAGCGGGAGCCCUGGCACAGCUGUCGGGCGAUCGCCCUUAUGCCUGCGCCCAGUGCGGCAAGAGCUUCCGCCACAAGCCUAACCUGCUGGCGCAUCGGCAGGUGCACACGGGCGAGCGCCGCUACCAGUGCCAGGAGUGCGGCAAGUCCUUCGGCAGCAAGGCCUACCUGGCGUCGCACCAGCACAUCCACACGGGCGAGAAGCCCUACGUGUGCGCCCAGUGCGGCAAGAGCUUCCGCCACAAGCCCAACCUCAUCUCCCACCAGAAGAUCCACACUAGGGAGCCCCUGCCGCCCAGCCACCCGCUGGACGCCUUCGAGGGAGACGCCUUCCAGAACCCGCGCACCGCGGCAGACGCCCUCGGGCUGGACGCCUUCCGCCGGCCCCUGCCACAGCCGCCAGUGCCGCUGGUGCCGACCGAUGCCCGCCUGGCCUGUGCGCAGGGCGACACACCUUUGCCGCCGCUGCCCAGCGUGCUGCCGCCGCCUCCCGCGGCAAUGGCCGAGCGCCCCUUUGUGUGUCCCGUCUGCGCCAAGCAGUUCCGCUGCAAGCCCUACCUGGUGGCGCACAUCCGCAUCCACACGGGCGAGAAGCCCUACGCCUGCAGCCGCUGCCCCAAGCGCUUCUCGCAGAAGUCCAACCUGGUGUCUCACGAGCGCCUGCACACGGGGGAGAAGCCCUACGCCUGCCCGCUCUGCCCCAGGGUUUUCAGCCAGGGCUCCAACAUGCGCGCCCACCAGAGGAGCCACAGGAACGUGGCCGCCCCCGGAGAGACGGGCGUCAGCCUCCGACAGGGGUAUGUGGUGAGGCAGAUCCAGCCGCCCCCGCCGCCUCCGCCAAACUAGGCCUCUGGGGCCUGUUCCUCCAUAGUUGGGCUGGCCGCUGCCUCUUGGCCCUCCGCCCUCCCUGCCUGCCUGCCUGCCUGCCUGGGAAUCGUUCCUGCAUUGCAGCGGGGUUGGGCUGGAUGACCUCCGGGGUGCCCCUUCCAACACUACAGUUCUAUGGUGCACCCGUGUUUCCAUUUGGUGCGGUUCAUGAAUUGCAGCGGGGUUGGGCUGGAUGACCCC